UAUAUAAAGUCCAAACGAGGAUUAAAAGAAUCUGCACCAAGUGAAGAAUCCAUAAAAUGGAAACGAUGAUCGUGAUACUUCUCCUAUGCUCAAUAAUCUCUAUUACAAUUAUAUUCUUCAAAAAACAAAAUACAAGGAAGAAAAGCAACACACCAACGUCACCACCAGGACUUCCAUUGAUUGGAAACCUUCACCAGCUCGGCUGUCACGCUCACCGAUCACUAUGCUCUCUCAGCCAUCGUUACGGUCCUCUCAUGCUCGUCCACUUUGGUCGUAUCCCGGUUCUUGUAGUCUCUUCUGCCGAAAUGGCUAGAGACGUUUUGAAGACACAUGAUCGUGUUUUUGCUAGCCGUCCACGGUCAAAAAUCACCAAGAAGCUUCUUUACGGCGGACGUGAUGUGGCCUUCGCUCCUUACGGAGAGUAUUGGAGACAAAUGAAAAGUGUGUGCGUACUCAGUUUGGUCAGCAUCAAAAUGGUACGAUCUUUUCGAGACGUGAGAGAAGAAGAGAUCAGUGUGAUGAUGAAGAAGAUCCGGAAGUCGAGUUCUUUGCAAGUGAAUCUAAGCGAGAUAUUGACGAGUUUAACGAAUGAUGUGAUAUGUAGAGUUGCUUUGGGACGAAAAUAUGGCGGUGAAGUGAAUUUCAAAGAGUUAAUGAAGAGGUUUACAAGGCUACUAGGAGCGUUUAGUGUGGGGAGUACUGUACCGUGUCUUGCCUGGAUUGAUUGGAUCUCCGGUUUGGAUGGUGAGCUAGAAAAGACGAAAAACGAUCUUGAUGAGUUCUUUGAGAGAGUUUUGCAAGAUCAUGAAGAUGGUGACCGCCAAGAUAGGAAUGACUUUGUGGAUGUGUUGCUCGCAAUUCAGAGAGAGAAGAGCGUCGGGUUUGAAAUCGACCGGUUAAGCAUAAAGGCUAUCGUCUUGGAUAUUUUUGUGGGUGGUACGGACACAUCGUAUGCACUUAUGGAAUGGGUAAUGACAGAGCUUCUACAUCACCCCGAGUGUCUGAUCAGACUUCAAGAAGAAGUACGUAUGAUUUGUAAGGGCAAACCGCGUGUAUCAGAAGAAGACAGUCAAGAAAUGAAAUACUUAAAAGCUGUGAUCAAAGAGACAAUGAGGCUACAUCCUCCACUUCCAUUGAUGGUUCCUCACGAAUCAACUCUAGAUGUCAAGUUAAGAGGCUACCACAUACCUGCCGGUACAGAGGUUAUGAUCAAUGCAUGGGCGAUUGGGAGAGAGGCUGCGACAUGGGGUCCAGAGGCGGAGGAGUUUAGACCAGAGCGACAUUUAGAUUCGUCUAUUGAUUUCCGAGGUCAGGGUUUUGAGCUGAUUCCGUUUGGAUCAGGGAGAAGGAUUUGUCCAGCAAUAUCAUUUGCUGUGGUGUUGAAUGAGGAAGUUUUGGCUAACUUAGUGCAUCAGUUUGAUUGGAGAUUACCGGUUGAAUCUACAGAAGUUCGAACAGGUGUUGUUGAGUCAACUGGAAUAGCAGUUCGCCGCAUGUUCCCUCUUUAUGCCAUUGCAUCAACUACUACUUGACUAAGGCAUUAUAUAUGAUAGUUGUGUAUUGUGUGAUUGUGUCGCAUAAGAAUAAUGAUCAUGGAUACAAAUGUUUGUAUAUAAAAUAAAUUU